CGGCCCAUGGCUGGAGGCUGGGAGGGAGGGCAGGCGAGUGUGAUGCCAGACGCCUGACUGGAGGCGGAUCCAGCCGGCCAGCUGCCUCUCUGGAGCCCAGCUCUUGGGCCCCUGCACUCACCUGCUCUUCCCGGGGUGGCUGCCUCCUGCUCAUUCAGCCAUGCGGUGGCUGUGGCCCCUGGCUGUCUCUCUUGCUGUGAUUUUGGCUGUGGGGCUAAGCAGGGUCUCUGGGGGUGCCCCCCUGCACCUGGGAAGGCACAGAGCCGAGACCCAGGAGCAGCAGAACCGAUCCAAGAGGGGCACGGAGGAUGAGGAGGCCAAGGGAGUGCAGCAGUAUGUGCCUGAGGAGUGGGCAGAGUACCCCCGGCCCAUUCACCCUGCUGGACUGCAGCCCACCAAGCCCUUGGUGGCCACCAGCCCUAACCCCGACAAGGAUGGGGGCACCCCAGGCAGCGGGCAGGAGCUGAGGGGUAAUCUGACGGGGGCACCGGGGCAGAGGCUGCAGAUCCAGAACCCCCUGUAUCCGGUGACCGAGAGCUCCUACAGUGCUUAUGCCAUCAUGCUCCUGGCGCUGGUGGUGUUUGCGGUGGGCAUCGUGGGCAACCUGUCGGUCAUGUGCAUCGUGUGGCACAGCUACUACCUGAAGAGUGCCUGGAACUCUAUCCUUGCCAGCCUGGCCCUCUGGGAUUUUCUGGUCCUCUUUUUCUGCCUCCCUAUUGUCAUCUUCAAUGAGAUCACCAAGCAGAGGCUACUGGGUGACGUUUCUUGUCGGGCCGUGCCCUUCAUGGAGGUCUCCUCUCUGGGAGUCACGACUUUCAGCCUCUGUGCCCUGGGCAUUGACCGCUUCCACGUGGCCACCAGCACCCUGCCCAAGGUGAGGCCCAUCGAGCGGUGCCAAUCUAUCCUGGCCAAGCUGGCUGUCAUCUGGGUGGGCUCCAUGACGUUGGCUGUGCCUGAGCUCCUGCUGUGGCAGCUGGCACAGGAGCCUGCCCCCACCAUGGGCACCCUGGACUCGUGCAUCAUGAAACCCUCAGCCAGCCUGCCCGAGUCCCUGUACUCACUGGUGAUGACCUACCAGAACGCCCGCAUGUGGUGGUACUUUGGCUGCUACUUCUGCCUGCCCAUCCUCUUCACGGUCACCUGCCAGCUGGUGACGUGGCGGGUGCGAGGCCCUCCGGGGAGGAAGUCGGAGUGCAGGGCCAGCAAGCACGAGCAGUGUGAGAGCCAGCUCAACAGCACCGUGGUGGGCCUGACCGUGGUCUACGCCUUCUGCACCCUCCCAGAGAACGUCUGCAACAUUGUGGUGGCCUACCUCUCCACCGAGCUGACCCGCCAGACCCUGGACCUCCUGGGCCUCAUCAACCAGUUCUCUGCCUUCUUCAAGGGCGCCAUCACCCCGGUGCUGCUCCUAUGCAUCUGCAGGCCGCUGGGCCGGGCCUUCCUCGACUGCUGCUGCUGCUGCUGCUGUGAGGAGUGCGGCGGGGCUUCGGAGGCCUCGGCCGCCAGUGGCUCGGACAACAAGCUCAAGACCGAGGUGUCCUCUUCCAUCUACUUCCACAAGCCCAGGGAGUCACCCCCGCUCCUGCCCCUGGGCACACCUUGCUGAGGCUCCAGCAGGGGUGGGGAGGGAGGGAGGGGCCGCCACCCCCGGCGGUGCCUGCUGUUCUUUCCCCAUAGGUCUUGCUUUGCUGCCUGUCUUGCUGUCUAGAGAUGGACUUGGUUCCUCUUGUCAAGGUUUGGGAAUGUCAAAGCCCCCUCCCCACGCAGGACCUUUCCUGUCCCUUGUGGGGCCUUCCAACCCUGUCCUUUCCACUGGUGGGUGGUGAUGCUUCUAGGUCCUUAGAACUGCCCAGAAACUCUGCGUCCCAGCAGCUGGGAGCCAGAACUUUGCCUGCCCUCCCUUGGUUCCAGUCUCUCUUCUUGCUCUCUGCCUUGUAACCUGACCAUACUUUAGUUGUGCCCUUCCCAGGCAUCAUCUUCCAACCCCCAACCUGGGGCCCCAUCUUGGAAUGGGGGCUCUUUGGGGGCUCCAGCUCAAUGUGGCUCACCACACUCUUUUUUUUCUUUUCUUUUCUUUUCUUUUUUUUUUUUUGAGACAGAAUCUUGCUCUGUUGCCCAGGCUGGAGUACAGUGGCCUGAUGUCAGCUCUCUGCAACCUCUGCCUCCUGGGUUCAAGCGAUUCUCCUGCCUCAGCCUCCUGAGUAGCUGGGAUUACAGGUGUGCACCACCACACCCGGCUGAUAUUUGUAUUUGUAGAAGAGAUGGGGUUUCAUCAUGUUGGCCAGGCUGGUGUUGAACUCCUGACCUCAAGUGAUCUGCUUACCUUGGCCCCCCAAAGUGCUGGGAUUACAGGUGUGAGCUGCCGCGCCCGGCCUCAAUACACUCUUCUCUGGACUGGAUCUGUCCCAGCCCUGGAUGCCUCCUCCUACUGGUGCCUUCUUUUCUUCCAGAGGAUUUCUCUCUCCUUCCUCCUCCUUUCUUUGGGAUGCCCUGGUUGCCCUAUCCCAAUCUCCCUGUUAGGUGCUUUCCCAUAGGAGGCCCUUCCUGAGAAACAAUAAACUAGGUAGAACUACCCCUACACCCAUCCACUUUCUUGUGCCACAUUCUGGCAGGGCCCAGAUGCACCUGGGCCUUCCUGGCCUGGCAAUGCCUAGGGGAAUUUCUGCUGACCUGGCCUGGCCUGUGGCUGAUGUUCAGAACAGCCCUGUGGCUCUGGGGACUCCAAGGGUUUUAUGGCUUUUGAGGGACAGAGAGGAUGGAGGGCUCGGGGAGCCGGGGGACCUAAGUCCUCAUCCUGGUCUAAACCCCAUGCUCCUUGGGAAAUCAAAAGCCUGGAAAAUCUCUCUCCUGGAGCCCUCGUCCCUGCUAUUGCCCUCUCUCCACAAAGCCCCCCUUGGAGGGAGGCCAGUGCUCUUUCCUCUGUGAGCCCCAGGACUUCCCAACCUUUGUCACUCUGAGAGCUGCUCUUGUUCAGUUUCUUAGAAUGGACUGUUUUGCCUGUAGACGGCCCAGCUGCCUGCCCCGGCCUGCCCCGCCCAGCCCCCACUGCACCACCCUUCCCGUCAGAGCUCCCACUGCCCCCGGCAGACCCUUCAUGCAGCUCCUCCUGUGGGGUCUUGCCCUUGAAGUCCCACUUCCCCCAGCCCCACCUCUGGGCCCUUCCAGAGGGCACCAUUAGCCUUGUGGGUCCCUGGGAAGCUGGCACAGCAUCAAACAGAAGUGAUGUCUCAGCCAGGUUACCAAUCACUCCCUGCCUGGGAGCUCAGCUUUCCUCAGAACCGCCGCCCCGUCUGAAGCUCUGUCCUGGGUCCCGCCGGACUUCUGCUCACCAGGCCUACCUAGAACUUCCACACGGGGCCUCAGGAAGGGUCCCGGGGGCCCAGGGACGGGCAGAGGCAGGGGUUCCGAGCACCCGGGGCUCCAUUCUCCUCUGUCCACCCACCCACACUCCUUGGCCUCAGCCUGCCCUGUACCCAAGCUUCCCUCCCCCUCUCCUGGGGAUCUUAACGGCCUUGUUCUCUCUCCCUGGCACCCACCCCCAGGGCGGGUGAUGCCGCCAAGAGAGAGGGAGGCCGUUGCUAGGUGAUGGCGCCGCCAUGCGCACACCCUUUGUGCUGGGGAGUGACACCCACCCAUUUCUCAGCAGACCUGUUGCCACGGUGACUGAAGCCCCCAGCUCUGUCUGUAGAAACUUCAGAUGGCUGGGGGAGCAGGUUGGAGAGGGGACCAAAGGCAGGCCUGUCGCGCUGAAGCUCCUAGGGACCAUUUCCUCCCCAUUUCCCCAACUCCUUCUCCGCCCCCCACCAGGCCUGGAGGCACCACCAGCUUCCUAAGGGAUACAGGAAGGGGCCGGGUGAACUGAGGUGAAGUCCAGGGCAGGGGAGGCAGACCCCUCAACAUCCUGUUUGGGAGUCCUCCUCCACAAAGGGUGCCCUCCGCCUCUCCCUCCUGCUGGUUGGUCGACUCAGAGAUGAAGGGGGAGAGAUCGUGGCUCCAAGGCUCUGCCACUGCCACCUCCCAGGCCUGCCAACGUGAAUGGCUUGCAGAAUCAGUCAGCAGGCCAGCAGUCUUGGGAAAGAGCCACUGUCCCCGCAGCCUGGGCCAGCUGGGGGAACAAUGUAGGGUUUGUUGCUUAGGGGUCCUAGGCUUGCGGGGGGGGUUGGCACAUGGUGGGCGGUGGACUUGAGCUGGGAUGCUCUGCGAUGCCACUGACAUGCUUGCUCACCCAAGGGCAGGCUUCAGACCAGCCCUCAGAUCCUGAUGCCAGGUUACGGGGAUGAGGGGGGGGGAGCCUGAAAUCCACUGCGUCUCCCUGCUCCACUUGGGAGUCACCUUCUCAUCACUUAUCCUGGAACCUGAGUGCAAUUACUUAAACCCAGUCUCAGCUUCCUCAUCUGCAAAAUGGGAAUAAUCUGUCCUUCACAGAGGAGUAUGGUCAUUUAAUGAGACAAGAUACAUAAAGCACUUUGCAUAGUG